UCCCCCUGCCCAAAAAGACGCGGAUCGCCGCCCGGAGAGGCGCCUCCAGUCGCGGCGGAACGCGGCGCCGGCGGCGGAUGGAGGGCGCGAGCGGGCGGCCGCGGCGGCUGCACCCGGCGGGGCGCUGAUGCGGCUCCUGGACCUUCGCUGCGCGACUUCGGGGGCGUCGGCCGAGAGGGCACUCCGCGAUGCAGCUCCUGAAGGCGCUCUGGGCACUCGCCGGCGCCGCGCUCUGCUGCUUCCUCGUCCUGGUGAUCCACGCGCAGUUCCUGAAAGAAGGUCAGCUGGCCGCCGGCACCUGUGAGAUUGUGACCCUGGACCGGGACAGCAGCCAGCCCCGGAGGACGAUCGCCCGGCAGACGGCUCGCUGCGCGUGCCGCAAGGGGCAGAUCGCCGGCACCACGAGAGCCCGGCCCGCCUGCGUGGAUGCCCGGAUCAUCAGGACCAAGCAGUGGUGCGACAUGCGGCCCUGCCUGGAGGGCGAGGGCUGCGACCUGCUCAUCAACCGCUCGGGCUGGACCUGCACGCAGCCCGGCGGGCGCAUAAAGACCACCACGGUCUCCUGACAGACACAGCCCCACAGGGGCCCGCGAGGGGCCACAGCUGCCCAGAGAGGCCCCACCUGGGCCAGGCCACACCUGGGCGAGGCCGCCCUGCCACGGAUGCUCCCCGCUCUCGGCCGUCGGCCCGCCCCCCGUUUCCCCUCGGCCCGACACGGACAGCCCACGCCCCAGGCCGCCUGUGCUGAGUCUGUCCGGCUGCAGAAGGAGUCGGCCUGGGACGCAGGGGGUUCCGGGGGCCCCGGGAGCCCAGCCUCGCCCGCCCUCCCCGGCCGGACACUGGCGGUGCCCCCCCCAGAGGACGAGGACGCGGACGCACGGGAGGAGGCCGCGGCCGGAGCGGCGAGGACGGCGCGGGCCGGGAGACUGACUCUGGGGCGCGGAGGCGGCCUCUCCCUGCGCCCGGACUGUCCGAAUCACUUUUAUUUUCUUACCCUGUCAGCAUACACUCGAUAGACCAAAGAGCAAAUCUAUUUUAACGUGGACACAGCCCCACGCCCGCGGCCCCGGGGCCGAGACGCCGACGGCGGCGCCAGCGGGGCGGAGAGGGCGGCCCCGGCAGAGGCGCCACCACACGGACACCGCGGCGCACCCCGAGCCGGCCAAGCCGCCGCCGGAGGACGGCGCCGCCCUGCGGGACGCGGGGGCCAUGGCCUCACACGGAGCCUGCCCGCCGCCGCCCCAGGCCACGGAUGGCGGGCCGCCCGCCCCUCUGUACGUACGUGGACCCGACGGUACUAAACUCGCUGUUUUAACCGGUUAGACUCGCCUCCACGCCCGUCCCCGGCAGCGGGGUGACCCAGUACUCGCCACGAGCAUGUUGGGCCGGUCUCCCCGACCGCCGCCUCACCCGACGCACCAUUUAGCUCCCGAAAGCCAAUUAAAGGAAACUGAAGUAACACUCGUUUGAAAGAGAUCAUUAAAUGUAUUUUGCAAAGCCUAAA